ACCAUGACCAAGAGAUAAAUAUGAUGAUGAUGACUGAUGAUGGUCAUGAUGAUGAUGAUAAGGGGUUGGUUCUCUCCCUAUAAAUCAUCUUGCAAUCAAACAGUCCAUCAUGAAAACCUUUCACCUCUUCAUCUUCCUUCUCUUCCUUUUGCUUCAGCACAAAUUCUUUGUCAGAAUCAGUAACAGGACUAAUAUCACCAUGAGUGGGAAUAGUCAAAAGAGCCCGUGUUUCGAGAAGCCGAGAUCAGUUGUGAAGAAGGUGCUUGCAAAGGCUCAGUAUGAGGGUGAUGGAGCCAUUGUUAGGAGAAGCAUUGGGAGGCCUGAGCUCAAGAAUUUUGAUCCUUUUCUCAUGUUGGAUGAGUUCUCAGUCUCUCCUCCUGCUGGAUUUCCUGAUCAUCCUCAUAGAGGUUUUGAGACUGUCACGUAUAUGUUAGAGGGUGCCUUCACUCACCAAGAUUUCUCUGGCCACAAGGGCACAAUCAGAACGGGGGAUCUCCAGUGGAUGACUGCAGGCAGAGGAAUUAUUCACUCUGAGAUGCCUGCAGGUGAUGGAGUCCAAAAGGGAUUGCAGCUCUGGAUCAAUCUCUCAUCCAAAGACAAAAUGAUCGAGCCUCGAUACCAAGAACUGCAAAGCAAAGACGUAGCCCACGUCGAGAAAGAUGGAGUCUACGUUCGAAUCAUCGCAGGAGAGGCAUUCGGAGUCCAGUCUCCAGUCUAUACUCGAACACCAACAAUGUAUCUCGAUUUCACAAUGAAACCCGGUUCCCAACUCAACCAAUCAGUUCCAGAGUCCUGGAAUGCCUUCAUUUAUAUAAUCGAAGGCGAGGGAGUCUUCGGUAAAGAAAACUCUUCGAUCGUAUCGAGCCAUCAUGCGCUCGUUCUGAGCUCUGGCGACGGUCUCAGUGUCUGGAACCGAUCGGCGCGUACGCUAAGGUUCAUUCUGGUUGGAGGGCAGCCAUUGAAUGAGCCUGUAGUUCAGUAUGGGCCUUUUGUUAUGAACACACAGGCUGAGAUUGAGCAGACAUUUGAGGACUAUCAUUACUGCAGGAAUGGAUUUGAGAACGCAAAGCAGUGGAGGUCUCAGUCAUAACUUGUAUUUGCUCCACUGUACUUAGAGAUUCUAGAAGCUUUGGUGGGGGAAACAGUGAAAGUUGAGAGUCAUUAUAUCUUGUGGGGUAGAAUUUUCCUUUCUUUGCAAGGGAUUUUAUUUUUAUUCUAGGGGGGGGGUCUUAAUCAUUUGUUUUGGUGAUUGCGUACUUGGUGGUGUUGGUGGGUCUCCUAGGAGUUUCUUCUGACAGUUGGGUGGGAUAAAUAAGUUUCAUGUCAUUUUUUUUCA